CGGAAGUCAGCAUCGGUCCGUCCGGAAGAUGGCGGCGUCCGCCGGCGCGGGAGCGUCGAGCCGGGGCGGCUGCCGGCGGCGCGUGGGCCGCGGGAAGCGCGGGGAAGGGCGCGGGCCUGGCGGCGGCGGGGUGGCCCUGAAGCGGCUGAAGCUCGCGGUGGAGGAGUUCGUGCAGGCGACCUCCGAGGGUCAGCCCGGCGGCCGCCAGGCGCCCCGGGCGGAGCGGCGCGCGCGGCCCGGCCGGAGGAAGAGCCGCCGGGAGCUGCGGAAGGAGAAGCGGCAGCUGAGGAAGGCGCGCCGGCUCCAGAGGACAGCGGCCCCCGCGCGAGGCCCGGGCGGCGGACCCGGGCUGGGGAGCGGGCCCCGGGCGGACGGCGCCGAGGGGCGGAGCGGGCCGGCCCCACGGCCGCCACCCGGGGCCCCACGGCCGCCUCCCCCGGCCCCGACCAGGGCUGCCUCCCGCAGCACCCGGCCCUCCGCCGCUGCCAACGCCGCCCGGAGACGGGCGCUCCUGGCGGCCAACGAGGAGGAGGACCGAGAGAUCCGCAAGCUGGAGCGCUGCCUGGGCCUGAACAAGCGCAGGAGGAAGGGGGACGCCAGCUCUGUGCCGCUCAGCUUCGCCCGCGACGGACUCGACUACAUCCUGGGAGCCCUGGGGGCGGGGGCGGGGAGUGGCCUGUGCGACAGCAGCAGCGAGGAGGACGGACAGACAGACCGCGAAGGCGACGUACAGAGCGAGGCCGAGGACGAAGGCGACGUGCAGAGCGAGGCCGAGGACGAAGGCGACGUGGAGAGCGACUCGGAGGACGGAAGCGGGGAGCAGGGCGACGAGGGCAAGCAGGAGGAGGGUGUGCCGGCGGAGAAGCUGAGAAAAGCAGCGGCAGAGGGGAGAGCGAAGGGGAAAGGCGCCGGAAGGCGAGUCCGGUUUGCAGAAGUCGAAGAAAGCACUGAAGAUCCCCCGGAGGACGUGGACGCAGCGGAUCAGCAGAGUCUUUGUGAAAAUGCGGGAAAGUAUAUCCCCCCUCAUGUGCUGCGAGCGGAGGAGACAGUGGAUGCCCGGAAAAAGGAAGAGCGAGAACGGCUAAAGAAGCAUGUCCAAGGCCUAAUUAACAGGUUGAGUGAGCCGAACAUGGCACACAUCAGCGGGCAGCUGGAGGAGCUGUACAUGGCCCACAGCAGGAAGGACAUGAGCGACACCCUGACCGGCAUCCUCGUGAGCGCCUGCGCUCCGGGCACGGCCAUGCCGGGCAGGCUGGUGAUGGAGCACGUCCUCCUGGUCAGCAUUCUGCACCGCACAGUGGGCAUCGAGGUGGGAGCGCACUUUCUGGAGGCCGUGGUGAGGAAGUUUGAUGCGGUCUAUAAAAAGGGAAGCGAGGGCAAAGAGUGUGACAACCUGUUCACCAUCAUUGCCCAUUUGUAUAACUUCCACGUGGUACAGUCUCUCCUCAUCUUCGACAUUUUGAAAAAGCUUAUUGGAACUUUCACAGAGAAAGAUAUCGAAUUGAUCCUGUUAAUGCUGAGAAAUGUGGGCUUUUCCUUGAGAAAAGAUGAUGCUUUGUCACUUAAGGAACUAAUCACAGAGACCCAGGCCAAAGCCAGCGAGGCAGGCAGCAAGUUCCGGGACCAGACCAGGAUUCGGUUUAUGCUGGAGACGAUGUUGGCACUGAAGAACAAUGACAUGCGGAAGAUUCCGGGUUAUGACCCUGAGCCUGUGGAGAAACUGAGAAAAUUGCAAAGAGCUUUGGUGCGUGGCGCCGGCGCGGGCACGGAACCUCAGCUGCGCGUGUCCUGGGACAGCGUCCUGAAUGCCGAGCAGACUGGGCGCUGGUGGAUCGUGGGCUCGGCCUGGAGCGGGGCCCCGAUGAUCGACAGCAGUCAGCAGAAGGCCCUGCAGAAGCCACUUGCGGGCACGGUUAGCGCCAAGAUGCUAGAACUCGCCCGAAAGCAGAGAAUGAACACCGACGUCAGGAGAAACAUAUUUUGUACGAUUAUGACUAGUGAAGAUUUCUUGGACGCAUUUGAGAAGCUUCUAAAGCUUGGGCUUAAGGACCAGCAGGAAAGGGAAGUAGUUCACGUUCUCAUGGAUUGCUGCCUGCAGGAGAAAACGUACAACCCUUUCUACGCCUUCCUGGCCGGCAAGUUCUGUGACUAUGAGAGGAGGUUCCAGAUGACGUUCCAGUUCAGCAUAUGGGACAAAUUUCGAGACUUAGAGAACUUACCAGCCACCAACUUCUCCAAUUUGGUUUCUCUGGUGGCCCACUUGUUGAAGACAAAGUCACUCCCACUUUCCAUUUUAAAGGUGGUUGAAUUCAGUGAGUUGGAUAAACCCAGAGUCCACUUUUUACGAGAAGUGUUACAUGUGCUGUUGAUGGGAACAGAAGUCGAAGACCUCUGUUUCAUUUUCGCAAGGGUGUCCGACAACCCGAAGCUGGGUGUGCUGCGUGAAGGUUUGAAGCUCUUCAUCAGCCACUUCUUGCUGAAGAGCGUGCAGGCGCACCGCAGUGCCGAGGAGGCUGGCGCGCUGCGGGAGAGAGCCGCGCUCGCCACCAAGGCCUUGCAAGGAAAGCCUUCUCUGAGAAUGUAGGGGCCUAUCUGCCAGGCGCCCUUUUAACCCACAGGCCUGUUACUCUGCCGACUGUAAAAGCUGGGGAGAGCCAUGUCAUGGUUGUUGUAUUUAUAAUAUUAUAUUUUGAGAUAAUUUUUGAUCCAAGGUUAUAUUGAGUGUGUGGUAAACCAGUUUUGUGAGGGCUUGCGCACUUGUGAGUCUGUGUGUGUGUGUGUGUGUGUGUGUGUAGGAGGCAUGGGCAGACACACUGUUCUCUGAGUAACAAGACGGGUGAGUGUGCAAGUGGGCACUUGUGUGGUUCUUGUUUUUUUUCAUAGAUAAGAUGGGCCACUAGAGGGUGCAGUUAUAAAGAAAUUGACAUGUUUUUUAUCUUUCUAAACAUAUUAGUUAAAAAUUCAGAA